GAAUUUUUGGCGCAUUGACAAUCGGCGGCCACCUUUUCGGUGGCCGAGGGUAGCAGGGGGUAGGGCGGGGAGGAAGGGAAGGAGGACUAUUUCAAUUCCGUUGGAAGGGGUGCGUUGUUCCUAUUUUUCGGGGAGCGGGGGGUGCGGUGGGGGUAGUGGGCGCUGGAGCGGCAGCCAUGAUGGCUUCCUCCUCUGGUUGGACGGUGGCUAGCUCGGUCGGCCGGCCCGUGGUCAGGUCGGCGGGCGGGGGGGGCGCAGCGGGAGGCGGAGGAGGUGGGACGGGAGCGGGAGUCGGCGCAUGUUCACCGCCGGUCAGCGGAGUGGUGUGUCCAAGCCUCACGGUACUGGGCUCGGGAAGCGCGUCGUCACCACUGGCUCAGCAGCACCGCCAGCUUGGCAGCCUGUUGAGGGAAUCUGACCGAUCGGACUGGGGAUCCUUGCCAGUCGCCUCGAAGCUUACAGCUGCUGCAGUCGGGAGACGAACAUGCAUACGCUCUGUGACGUUGCCAGGCAGAAGCUCUGGAGGUGGAGUGCUUGAUAAGCCUUCCCCUGUCAUCGAUAAGCCGACGCCAGGCCGGGAAUCGGAAUUCGACUUGAGAAAAGAUACGAAGAAGAAGAUGUCGCCGCCGUACAAGGUGCUGCUUCACAACGACAAUUUCAACAAGCGGGAAUACGUUGUCCAGGUGUUGAUGAAAUGCAUCCCUGGUAUGACUCUAGAGGGUGCCUUUUCAAUCAUGAACGAGGCACAUAUUUAUGGCCUCUCUUGUGUCAUUGUCUGUGGGCAGGAUGAAGCUGAAGAACACUGCCAAUCUCUCAGAAACAAUGGGCUAAUAAGCUCUAUCGAGCCUGAUAUUAACUGAUCAAAGGGUGAAGCCAGAGAUGGCUGCCCCCAAGCAACAAAAGAGAAUGGACACAGGUACGGAUGAUUAUGGUCACUCAGGCUAGGUGGGAAUGUAAUGCAAUCCAAUGGUGCCCAAUUGCACUGAUAGAUCAUUUAUCCAAUGAACAUCGAAGAGGGAAUAUGACCCGGAGGAAGUCUUUCUUCACAAUCGAAAUCCAUUAUUAAUCAAUAAAGUGACAAACAACCUACUCAUGGUGGUUUAUAACAUGUGGUAGAGGAGAUAGCUUUGACCCUUGACCCUUGAUCCCUGCUCGAGUUCGAACGUCUUACAAAAUGGGGAACUCUCAUCGAGUCCCAUUGAGGAAAGCAUAGGAGCAGGUCGGGGAGUUCUUGAGGAGUGAUUGGUGCUCUUGCCUGGAGUACCCUUCCUGGCGUAUGGGCCACUUCACACUACUUUUCCUUCACCGCCUUCCCCACGGAUCCCGUUGUACAUGUCCCUGACCAGUCUGUCUAGUUGUCCCCAGCCAAUCGAUCAUUUCCGAGUGACAGUCAUCUCUCAGUCUGUCCACACACAUAGGCACACGUGUGCGGCCACUUGUCCUUGCACUCAACACACGGUAAAUGCGAAACAUGGCUAAAGAGGGGGGGACGAAGGAAGGGGGGGACGAGAGAGAGAGAGAGAGAGAGAGAGAGAGAGAGAGAGAGAGAGAGAGAGAGAGAGAGAGAGAGAGAGAGAGAGAGAGAGAGUAGAAGAAGAAACUUACGCAGGCAGUUUGUGAUAGUGGCAAGCUCUCCCCAAGGAAGUGUAGGCGCAGGAUUAGCGGGAUUGAUGGAGAGAGCAGUAGGUUGUGAUGCAGUUUUUGUUGAGUGGUGAAAUGGAACACCGGAUUCUUGAGAAUCUGCCUGUUGAAGUAGAUGCUAGGUUCUUUUUACUUGAAGUCUGAUUUCUGCCUUGGCCGUCUGGCUGGCAGUUCGUUAAUGGCCACUACGAGGAGUGGAAGGCCCUGGUCGUAUUCCGGAGGGGUGUUGAGGAUUGUGCGGUGCCUAUCCGUUUUCAUCUCUGUUGGCUGGCCAUCACGCAGCUCAUCGGGUGGUUGGUUAGGAGUGCGGUAUCUCCUUGAGCCCUUGCGCUCUCAUUUUGGUGUCCCAUUCGCUCUCCGUGACACACGAACUCUCCUGGGCAGCACCUUUUGUUCCUUGUUUUUUUGUUUGUUUUACUAGUGCCGGCUGUGUGCAUGCCACUGCCUGACAUUCCAGACCCAGUUGCUGCUUAACCUGAUUUUAUGUUGAUGCCUUCAUCUGAGUUCUUGCGCCCCUAUUCUUUGGGUUCUCCCAGCAAAAUUGCUACCAGCAUUUGUCAUCUGAGAGCUAAUAGCAACCUGUUAUGCACUCUGUCCAGAUUUUUAUUGCAUCUGUAAUGCUAUGUUCAUUCGUUAGCUUAUAUGCUAUUUGCUCCUCUCUAGGACCGGUCGUGUGCAUGUCUCUCAAAGUCCUUCAGUCAACAAUUUUGCAUACCUGGGAAGCCAUACCUUACUUCCCACUGCUAUUGCUAAUUUGUCCUGCACGCACUUCCUUCUCUCUUGCUGGUAUCUAUGCUCAUACAUACAUGGUCUUUUUCAGAUCCCCACAAACUUCCUCACUAUGUCUGACAUGUCAAUUGCUCAACCCUCUGCCCUCCAUUCAUCUUGACCCAUGUAGACAAUGAGGGCCUGGGAGGGUCUUGUUUUUGGGCAGUAUUGUGCUCAACGAUGCACACAAAUCGGGUCAGUAUGUAUGCGCAGCCUGCGAGAUGGUAGAUAAGUUUGCUGCAACAGGUGAGACAAUGCUGAUCAGCAUUUGGAAGCCAUUGACACUUCGUUUAGGUUUCGUUAGAUGUCAGGAAGAUCGUCUUGUAGGGAAGCUGGUAAAAGGGUUAGGUUGUGCGGUUAGAGAGGAUGAGUGGCAUGCGGACAGACUUGUUUGAAUCUUGUUGGCAUUUGCCAUUGCUUAGGCCUUCUCUUGUCUGCUGCCUUACAUGGACAUCGCUCUUGUUGGCUGCUAGUUAAGAUAGUAUAUGUAUGUAGGUAGGGCGGAAAGUGGGAAACCGAAGACGAUGUUGUUUGGGUCAACAGAUAAGGAACUGCUGCUUAGUGCUGGGGAAUCUUCUGCUCGCUGCUGCGAUAUCUUGACUUCAAGGGUCUGUUGUGGCAGUGAAGAUUCUUGCCUUGGAAGCUGCAUUCUGCACACCAGAGGAAGAGGUGCAAGCGACUGACUGACUCAACGGUAAGUACUUUUGCUGCCGAGAAGCCGGGGGGGCUGCGCGCAGCAGUGAAGGGGAAGGCAUGAACUCGUACGAGUGAGCACCAGGUAGAUGGGGAAAGAACCCAGUGGGAGAGAGAGCGGCAUGAAGGUGGGACGGUUACCGAGGAUGAUUUUCGUCUGAAAACAGAACCCCUGUUUAGGGGAGUUGGCAAUUGCAGCUCGUGUACAUCGAGGACGAUGAUGGGCGGAAAGGCGGCAGAUUGAUGGAUGGAGCAUGGAGGAUCGGCAGAAAUGAAGGAGCUUCUUCGACUAUAACUAGGUGGCUAGCAACAAGGAGCAUUUUCUAUUGCUGGCUAGGUGAUUUGUUAAAGCAAGCAGGGGGACAAGGAACAGAUGAAUAAUGAUCGACCGAGUUGUGUGGAAUAUUCUUCGGUGGGAUUGAGAUGUCCGGUUCGGGCUGUAGCUAGAGGUCUUGCUCCUUAUUGGGAGUAUCAUAUGUCUUCAAUUAGACAGGUGCUGUCACGAGAGCCGCAGGGAGCGUGAAGGCAUGCACAAAAGACACGCAAAGCCUGAUCAGUUGGUGUAGCAUGUGCGCACAGACACACACACACACGCCCACACACAGAGGGGGUUGGUCUGGUUGUAAAUCCACGUGUGCGUCUGGCAUUUUCGACCGUAGUAAACAUGUUGUUUUGUUGACUGGUUGAGGGGUUUUGAGGAGGAGGAUGAGUUUUCGUUUCUGUAGGAAUUCUUUCACAAGCGAAUGAUUCCGAGUUGGACCUGCAUAGGAGAGGUCCUCAAGCUUUCCUCCGAAGAGGGAGGGAAAAAUAGAGGGGUGUAACCUGGGUGCGGUAAUUCUUUUGCUCUUAAGGGCCGACGAUUGUUUGCAUGAAUUUAAGACUA